AUGGCCGCCGCACCGACCAACCACAUGUCCUGCUGGGAGAUAAGAUUCCAGAUGGCUUUCGACGCCCUGUGUACAGCGUUCUGGACCUGGAUAGAGUCCCGCCAGCAACAAGCCGCCCUCUCCUACACUAAGCCCACGGAGACCUUAAACGUAGCACCGUCUCCCUGUGCCUUCAGAAGACUGUGGGCCGAGAGGAACAAGAACCCCUUGCAGCCUGCACCUGUGAUCAAACGUCCCUACAGAGCUCCAGCACAGAGACAAGCUCCCAGACGGAGACCUCGGCGACCUAGCUUGCCUGCAAGAACCUCGCAAACUCAAGCUGCCAAGCACUCACCAGCACCACAAAGACACAGCAUGACUGCAGCGAGAAGAGCAUGUAACAAUGGAAGAUGGCUGACAGCAACGGGAGAUACAACAUGUGAUGGUCCCGACAGCACCGACCACCUGCCUCAGCCUGGCCUGCGAGCAAAAGGCAUUGGAUGA